UUCCAAUGAGAGAGGCUGCUUGAUAGAGGAAGGUCCCAGUCAAUUCAUAGCUUGGAGUAUUGCAGAAGAUCUCGCCUGGACCAGGGGAGCGACAGAGGAAAAAUGGCUGUCACCCCAGGCUCAUCCCCACGGAUAAUGAUAUUCCGACCCACGCUCGAGGAGAUGAAGGAUUUCUCCUCCUACCUCCAACACAUGGAAAGUCAGGGCGCACAUAAGGCCGGAAUCGCCAAGAUCAUACCUCCGCCUGAAUGGAGCGCCCGGAGGAGACCGUAUGACACGCCCGACAUAAUGAGUAUGCCGAUUCCGGCUCCUAUCCAGCAGAUGGUCUAUGGAAAUGGUGGACUCUAUCAACAAUACAAUAUGCAGAAAAGGAUGAUGACCGUGGGCGAUUUCAAAAAAAUGGCUCUAUCGCCGAAAUAUGCCACGCCCGACUACUUCGACUAUGACGAUCUCGAGAGGAAGUACUGGAAAAAUAUCUCCUUCAACCCCCCUAUUUACGGUGCAGAUGUCAGUGGGAGUAUCUACGACACCGACGUCGAGGAAUUCAAUAUAUCGCGUCUGAAUACGAUCCUCGACCUCAUCGGAGAAGACUAUGGCGUGAAAAUUGAAGGAGUCAACACGGCAUAUCUUUACUUUGGAAUGUGGAAAUCAACUUUCGCGUGGCAUACGGAAGACAUGGACCUGUAUUCCAUCAAUUACCUCCACCAUGGGGCGCCAAAGAGUUGGUACGCUAUACCACCGGAACAUGGAAAACGCCUCGAGAGACUGGCUUCGGGUUUCUUCCCGAAGUUGGUGAAAACCUGCAACGCUUUCCUACGCCAUAAAAUGACACUCAUCUCGCCUGCUCUGCUCAGGAAGUACUCGAUACCCUACGACAAGAUAACACAAGAGGAAGGGGAAUUCAUGAUAACUUUCCCUUACGGGUAUCACGCUGGCUACAAUCAAGGCUUCAACAUCGCCGAGAGUACGAAUUUCGCACUACCCCGCUGGAUCGAAUAUGGGAAGAGAUGCACAAGGUGCUGCUGCCGUCAAGACAAUGUCCAUAUCAGUAUGGAUCGCUUCGUCUUGAAGUUUCAACCGGAUCGCUAUGAAGCGUGGAAAGAAGGUCGAGAUAUGGGCUGCCACCCGGAAGAUCCCUCGAGAAUCUACGCCGCACCUCUACCGACCGCAUAUCUCACCGUGGAUGGCAAAUCGAAGCGAGUGCCUUCCGUGGUUCCUCGUAGGAUACCUCCACAGACAGAUCAGUCCUGCUCAUCCCAGGAAGAGCCGAAGAAGCGGACGGCUCCUAGGGAGAAAUCUUUGCGGAAACCGAGGAAGACUCGGGGGGAAGCAACAACGGUUUAAGCGUAUACUCGAUCGAAAUUUCAGAGAAAGAGACACCACGAUAGUGAGACAGAAAUCGCGAUCGCUGUGAGACAAACUGUCGACAAGAUGGUAUUCAGUGUGUCUCAAGCAUCAGCGAAAAGGAGAACACGAACUCUGCCCGAUUGGUACCACGGGUACGCACCUCUAUUCAUCACUAAACCUGAGCGGAAUCAACUGCCGAAAGAAGACAUCCUUCUGGCGAAGAAAAAUUACCACAACGAGCUCUGCAGAAGGGAACCGUAUUGCGCCGUCUGCGUCCCAUUCAGGAACACAGUCCAGCUGCCCGAAGACAGUGUCCUAAGAGCUUCGGAGCAGUUCCGAGACGAGGAUCGAGACUUUGACGAUGACGAUAGUAUCCCGGCGAGUAGCGAGGUUGUGGUUCCAUCAUCGGCUUUCGGCCAGCAUGGCUACCGGGACGGCAUCAGCCCUCUGGAGUCCAUCGAAUGUCCGGAAACAUCAGAACUUGUGAAAUGCGUUCGCUGCUUUUUACGAGUUCACAAAUCCUGCUACGGACUAAGCACAGUCAACGACGCGGACGUCGAGACUGCAGGUGGCUCCUGGGUAUGCGACUCCUGCAAUCACGAAGCUCUCAGUGAGGCUUUCCAGUCACGUCGUCUCACCGAACCUCAAUGUUCGCUCUGUUGCCUGAGAGGAGGAGCCCUCAAGAAAACCACUGAUGGCAGAUGGGCGCACAUCAUUUGUGCCAUACUCAUACCAGAUGUUUUUGUACAAAGCUUCGAAGAGGGCAUCGAGAUCAAACAGAUAACCAAAGCACGCAAGCGUCUUCAAUGUUACAUUUGCAAGGAUCUGCCGAUGAGUCUGACGAGUAAAGGUGUAUGCAUACAAUGCGACUGCGGGCGCAGCAUGCACGUCACUUGCUCCAUGGCGAGUGGAACACAAUUCCAACUCGGUAAUUGGCCUGAGCCCGUAAUUGCGCGAUGUAACGCACACCGUGUCCGAAAGAAGAACUCUGGAGACCAACCGGAGCCACCCGUCCCGCAAGCAUUCAGUGAGCUGGCGAUUGGUUCUGAAGUCUACGCCAAACACCGGAACAAGAGAUUCUAUCAAGCAGUUAUUCAAGAGAUCAUCCAUGAAACGUGUUUUUCAAUACAAUUCUACGACGGCUCAGUCACACACACGCUGAGCCGUCAAUUCGUCAGCAUCAAGGAGAACGCCCCUGAUUCUUUGGACGAAACAUGGAUCGCUUGCACGAAGGAGCGCUCGCCCCAGCGUGGAGAUGAAGUAUCCGUCAUUUGGCCAAGUGACGGACGCGAAUACAAAGGAACGUAUCUCGGUAGUCAAGAUGUUCCUUUCUAUAAAGUUCUUUUCGAAGACGAGAGCGUUCUCACCCUCAGCAGAGACUGUGUGUAUGAGCGGAACGACAACAUUCCGAAACGAGUACUCUCCAGAAUCGUGAGUUCCACAUGAGAAUGAGAUAGUGUUGAAAUAUAACCGGCGGCGGGUCACAAGUCCGCGUUUGCACGAACUCUCGAAUUGAUCUCGAUUACUUUCAUAGUCGACGGUAUCGGAAGCUGCCCACUCAACGGUGGAAGAAGAUGCGUCGAACGCGAGAAUGUCGGAAGAAAAAACUGAUCCCAAACGUAAACGAC